AGCGCACUCCGGAUGUGGCGUCAGCCAGUGGGGGAGCGGCGGGGGUGAAGGGUCACCCGGAAGUGGAGUUUGUUGUUGUGGCCAUGGCGGGCAUCAAAGCGUUGAUCAGCCUGUCAUUUGGUGGAGCCAUUGGACUGAUGUUUCUGAUGCUUGGAUGUACCCUUCCGGAGUACAACAAAUACUGGCCACUAUUUGUUCUUUUCUUUUACAUUAUCUCUCCAAUUCCAUACUGCAUAGCAACAAGAGUAGUUGAUGACACUGAUGCAGCAAGCAGUGCUUGCAAAGAACUUGCCAUAUUUCUCACCACAGGCAUAGUCGUCUCAGCUUUCGGGCUGCCUAUAAUUUUUGCUCGAGCAACACUGAUUGCCAUACUUCAAGAAAAAGCAUUACUAAUCAACGCUGAGGACCAAUUGGAACGGGAAUCAAAGGCUGGCCUUGCCAGCAAAUGUCAUAUACCAUAAAUGAACAAAAAUAAAUUUGUUCAAUAUCUAUGGAUUGGAAUCAUCAAUACAAAAUCUGUCAUAUGUAUACCUGUUUCGAAUAACUUGUUUUUUGAAACCAGCUGCAAAAUGUUUUUGAAAUUUUUUUUUUCAAUUUGAGUAGUUCUUUAUGCAAAUAUGUUAACAGGUGGCAGAUGAAAUGCAGAAGUGAUCCUGCGAUGGUGAAACAUUCCUUGCUGUCCACAUUGACACUCACGUUGUUAAUCUGAACUUUUACUAAAUAUAUAUGCUGUUUGUUUCAUGUUAGUGAUACAGUAACAUGGCCUUCUCUUGUUCUAACUUUCCAUUCAGCUCCUCAACCUUCUCCCCAUUCAAAGUAAUCAUAGGCCUGAUCCUUUAUAGAAAACGAUAUUCCCGCUUGUAAUAUACUAUUGAUGCCUUUUAAAUCUGGAAAUGUAUCAAUUUCCUUGAAUACAAUCAGUGACUUGGCAUCCUCCACCUUCUGUGGUAGAGAAAUCCAAAGUUUCAUCUUGGACAUAUUUCAUCUGAGAACUAAAUAUAUUAUAUUAUCCUUAUUCUAGAUUCUUCUGCCAGAGGAAAAUAUACUCCCUUUAUCAGGCCUUUGGGCCCUGUUAGAAUUUUAUUUGUUUCCCUUCUAUACUUUGUUGAAUAUAGGCCUAUUUGAUGCAAUCUUUCCUUGUAUACCUGUCCUGCCAACCUAGGAUUCAGUCUGGUGAACUUCCAUUGCACUCUUUCUGUGUUAAGUAAAUCCUUUUGUAGUUCAAGGGAUCAAAAUUGCACUGCCAUUUUGUAUAAUUGUAGGAAGAAUGUUCCACCGAUCUGUGAAUAGUUAAAAGAUAAACAGAUUUUAAAUUGCAGAGGAAUAAAAGAGCGGAGAACAAAGGGGAAAAUCCUCAAUAGGGUGGAAAGUAGGAAAUUAAAUAAUAAAAGCAGUGAUGAGGCAGGGUGAAAGAAGUUAAAAAAAUGAAUGAAUAACAAAAAAAUAGUCUCCAUGUAGAAUAACUAGGAAAAGCAGAAUAAUUAUGCGAUAUAACCAGAGUGCAUUUCACAUUCCAGCAUUCCAUGUUUUUGAAAGAUUGUUAU